UUGUACCAUAUUAUUAUUUUUCAAUGCGCGUAACUAGACAUUUUAUUUAUUUGAGAAUAUUGUUACAACGUAACAGUAUUGUUGCCACAAUUUACGCUGCAGUACUGUCAAUUGUCAUGUAAUUUGUUUUUCUUUUGUUUGAAUUAUUCUCAUGUGCGCAAAUACUCUCACGAUAAGUGAAAUCAUCUAUAAGAGACGACGCCGCUCUCUGAUUGGUGGCGCUCUUUACUCGUAAAUACCUAAAUACUGACAGAUUUUUUCAUUUUUCCGUCUCGCAGUCUGCAGUAGGCAGUUAAUGAGACAAGAUCGCGACUUUCAAACAAAAUGAAGAAACUCUCACUCCAAGGAUAAAUAUCUCUACUAGUACAAAGUGUAAACAUACAGUACAGUGUACUAUCUGAUUUACUACAAGAAAAAUGUGUGCCGCUCAACACAAAAAUCUACAAGUUUUCCUGGUAAAAUUUCAACAUCUUUUUGCAUCUACUCGCAAACUUACUGGACAAGAAAAAGAAAUGUUGCGCUAUCUCUGUUUCGAUUAUACAUAUAUGGUUUAUCACAGUCGGGAAUAAUGUACAUCUCGAGAUCUUGCAUAUCUCGGCAUACCACUCUCGUCGUUUCCAACAUUGCUCUCCAGUUCCUGGCAGGCAGCAUUUCGAAUCUUACUCAUCGUUGAACGUUAUGGUUUGGGGUUGGACAGAUUCCAUUCGAUACUCGCCCCCUGGGAGAGAGACUCACAUUGGAGUGAGAGACAUACCGGAAGUUGCAUGUAUCGGAAACGUAGAGUUAACUUUCAAGUUCACAAAAGUCACUCAAAGUGUGUUAACAUCAUCAUCGGAAAACUUGAAAAAUUCGUGUGUCGUUAUAAAAGGAAAUUAUAACAAUAUAUAUAAAAUUUGGUAAUUACUGUUGUAGUAUUUUUUGUAUCGAGGACGAAACAAUUGCGGGUAAAUUUUCUUUAAUAUAUUCGAUUCGAUAUUGUCGAAAUAAAUGAUAACCUAGAUACUAUAUUAUAUUCCCCAUAUUCCGAAAUUGGCAGAUAUUUUAACAGAUUACGGAUGUCGUAACCUACAGGAUGUCCGCGUGUUCUAAUACUGUUAAACUGGACAAGAGAGGUCGUUAUCUGCAGGAUUUCCAUGUAAUAACAUCGUUAGUGAUUUACAGUCAAAGUUAAUGGACGAGUUGACAAUUGAGAGAGUUUAUAACAAAGCAUUUUCUCUACUCCAUUCGUCGGAGGAGAAUAGUGGAGAAAAUCUUCGAUUAAUGUUGGAUUCAAUGAUUCAGGAAAAAUUCGGACUUCAAAAAACUGUCACACAACGAUUGUCACAGACAUUUUUGAAUAAAGCGGAAAUGGGUAUAUUUUUUGGCGAACCGCAAAGUGUUUCACUUGAGACGAUAAAAAUUUUUAAGACCGAUUCCGAGGAUUAUGACGACGUUCCAACGAUAUCGAUUCCUGACGAAGGAUCCGAGGAAAGCGUUUCCCAAAUGAAAAAUGGAACAGACGAAUCGUUUAUUCUUCUUGAAUGUCAUAAUUGUUUAGAGAUUUCUCAACCACUUGAUAGUGAAUUAAUUGACAUGGGAAAUUUUAACACCGAAUUAAUCUGGCUUUGUGAAAAUUGCAAUCAAAAUGCAAGGGAAACAACAAAUUUGAAAACCUAUUCAAAUCCAGAACGAGUUUGUCGAAAAAUUAAACUGCCGCACAAUAAGUGUGGAAAUGCAAAAUAGAGACAGAAAAAUAAUUGAAAAAGCAGUAGAUAUAUAUAUUUACUUGAAAAUCGAAAAUUGCUUUUGAAAAUUUAUUUACAUUGUUUAAUUAAAUUUCAAAUUGAUAAAUUUUUUCACGAAAGCAUUUUUUUCUUCGAUUUUUGAGAGAAGAGAAAAAAGAGGCAAAAAAAAUGGGAAUUUUGUAUAAAAAAUUUCCGAUUUCUUUUCUUUUUUCUAAUUAACGGUUUUUUUAAUGUCACGUAAUUAAUAUUUCUCGACAGGAAAAAUAUUUCUAUUUCCUAAAAAAGCG